AUGACAGUUUCUUGGUACCUUUACUUAUUGGAUUUCUCGUUCUUUCUCUGUUUUAGGGUUCAUUUGUAACUUUCCCCUUAGUUAUGAACUGUAAAAUUAGUGUAUCUCUUUAGAGUGACGCAAUAAGCGUAUCUGAGCAUUUUGGAGUUCCUCCUAAUGGGUUUAAACUUUUAUUGGACGAUGUGUUUGAUCUUAUCUGCGUACUUUUAGGGUGAAAUGUGGAGUUAUUGCGAAUGGUUUUGUUUGAUCUUGCGUUGGUUUUCACUACCAAAAUUGGUUAACAAUGUUUGAUGAAUAGUUACCUGCAUAUCAAGAACCUCAUAUCAUAAAUUAUGAAAAAAGGAUAGAAAUUAAGAUCUUCAAUCUUCAUGCUUAUUUUCUCGAUUAAGAUUCUAAAGAGAACCAAUAUAGAGUCAGCAUUUUUAAUUUAAUCUCCGGUUUAUUUAUUUGUGGCUCUUAUUUUGUUUUUUUUAUAUGCUUUUUUGUGAAAUGAAAAUAUGUGACAGAGGAGUCAUUCCUCAUGCUACUGGAUAAGCUUAUCUACUAUUUAUUAUUGUAAGCAUAUGGCAGAGAUCUUAGAAAUCUUGGCGCCCCAGACCAUAAACUUGCUUGUCUACUUAGGUCGAGAUCCUUUACUACUCUCCUCUCUACCAGCUUCGCCUUGGCUUCCUUACCACCAUAUACAGGGGCCAUUUUUUUUUUUCAUUCAAAUAGUAACAAUUCGUUGAAAAAUGAAAAGUUUCCAGAGGGAGAAGGGAGAAAAAUGUUGAAGUUGAUGCUUGCUUGUUGCAAGGUCUACAUAUCUGAAAGCCGAAAUAAAGAGGCACUGGAGUCGAUUGAAAGAGCUGCCAAGCUAUUCCCAGAAGCUUCUAUAAUCAACAAGUUCCAAGAUGAAGCUUACAACCGUGUUGGUUACACUCUUGUCUCUAAAUUAGCUCCACACCCACCAUUGGGCUCUGGUUCACUGAGAGCAUCUGUGGUUUCCAUGGUCAAAGCAGCUUUUGAAGUCAUUGAUCUUGAAUCACACUUAGGAAGUCAUCCUCGGCUUGGAGUUGUUGACCACAUCUGUUUCCACCCUUUGGCUCAAACUUCUUUGGACCAAGUGGCUCAGCUUGCAAAGGUUAUAGCGGCUGACAUUGGCUCUGAACUACAAGUACCAACAUUUCUAUAUGGAGCAGCCCAUAAAGAAGGGAGAAAGCUUGAUUCUAUUAGAAGAGAACUAGGUUAUUUCAAGCCUGACUCCGAGGGGAACCAAUGGGCAGGAGGGCCUAUAUCUGAGUCUCUGCCAGUGAACCCUGAUGAGGGUCCAUCGCAAGCAGCUCAUGGUAAAGGCGUUGUGGUAAUUGGUGCAACCAGAUGGGUAGAUAAUUACAAUGUACCCGUCUUCUCCUCUGACAUCAGUGCUGUCCGCAGAAUUGCCAGACGGGUUAGUGCACGAGGUGGAGGGCUAGACUCUGUGCAAGCUAUGGCGCUUGUCCAUGGUGUUGACUUAAUUGAGGUCGCUUGUAAUCUGUUGGAUCCUAACAGGGUUGGAGCCGAUGAAGUCCAGCUCGAGGUUGAGCGGCUUGCUAGAGGAGAAGGAAUUGCUGUAGGAAAGGGUUAUUUUACUGAUUUUUCUCAGGAAAAGAUAGUAGAAAAUUACUUGAAAUUAGGUUAUCUUGUGUCAUAGAAAUAAAACAAUCAGGCAAAUCAUGUUUUACAAUAUGUUUGUUUAAUUAUAGAAUUUCUUUUGGGGGGUGGCAAGUUAGGUUAUUUUAUUAGUGAAAGUGUUGAGAAACCCUAAAGGACCAAACUUUCUUUUGCAAGUGUGAGCAAAACAAAUAAAAAUUGUAUCUUCUAUGGAUUCUCUUCAGGAUCUUCUGUAAAAAAAACUUUUGUCCUCUAACCUGGCCUGUAGGUCGCAUUUAGCUUUUACUGAAGCAGGAAA